AAAUAAUCAAAAAAAAUCAACUAAAAUAACUAAAUUCUCGUCGGAUGAUUUAGCAGUCAAAUUAGCCAUCGUUUCUCACAAGUCCGGUGUCUCUUCUUCCCCUUGGACAACAAACAAAGGUUUUUGCUGUCAAUCUCAGAGCAAAUGUGGAUUUUUGGAAGAAAAGGCCCAUCUGGGUUCUCAGCCAAUUCUACAGCCGAGGAAGUUACCAAAGGAAUUGAUGGAACUGGACUCACUGCUAUCGUUACAGGUGCAUCAAGCGGUAUUGGCACAGAGACUGCACGUGUCCUCGCCAUGCAUGGUGUACAUGUAGUUAUGGCAGUAAGAAAUACAGAUGCUGGUAGAAAAGUCAAGGAUGCAAUACUAAAGGAAAACCCCAAUGCUAAAAUCGAUGUUAUGGAGUUAGAUCUCAGCUCAAUGGUGUCGGUAAGGAAAUUUGCAUCAGAAUACAAGUCCACGGAUCUUCCUCUGAACCUUCUCAUCAACAAUGCAGGGGUUAUGGCUCCUCCUUUCAUGCUUACCCAAGACAAAAUUGAACUGCAGUUUGGAACUAAUCAUAUAGGUCAUUUUCUUUUGACAAAUCUUUUGUUGGAGACCAUGAAAAAUACAGCACGUGUAAGCCACAAAGAAGGAAGGAUUGUUAAUGUCUCAUCAGAGGGUCAUCGGUUUGCAUACAGUGAAGGAGUUCAAUUUGAUAAAAUCAAUGAUGAAUCUAGUUUCAACACCAUAUAUGCUUAUGGGCAAUCAAAGCUUGCUAACAUAUUGCAUGCUAAUGAGCUGGCAAGGCGCUUAAAGGAAGAAGGGGUGGAGAUAACUGCUAAUUCACUUCAUCCUGGAGCCAUUGCCACCAACCUUCUGCGUCACCACGGCUUUCUUGAUGGCUUAGUUAAUCUGGUUGGUAAAUAUGUGCUGAAAAACACUGCACAGGGGGCGGCAACUACAUGCUAUGUGGCAUUGCAUCCGCAAGUCAAGGGGGUGACGGGGGAGUAUUUUUCGGAUAGUAACAUAGCCAAACCGACCGCUCAGGCCAAAGAUGCCGAUUUGGCGAAGAAAUUGUGGGAUUUCAGCUUGAGCUUGACUGAUCCUAAGUGAUGCUUUUGUCGAAUUGAUUUGUGUAGAAUGAAAGCAUUUUGUCCUAAGUUUUAAGUGUUAUGAAACCCUAUUGUGUGACAGACCUACUUUGAAUAGCUGUAAUUUUAUGGAAUUUAAUGUUGUGAGCUUUUGACAUAAGUUCAGUACAUGCUGUAAUCUUUUCUCAUAAUCAACUUGAUAGACAUGCUGGAUGGAAGCUAAAUAGUUUAUAUACAAAGUAUAAGAGGAUAGAGCUCACCUUUUUA